AGUUGAUGCGAGGGUAAAGAAACAGGGAAAACGAGCGAGUGUGUUGACGACAAAAACAGAGAUCGAGUAACGUUGGGUCGCGGGAGGGGAGAAGAGAUAGAGAGAAGAGCCGAAAGCGAGAGGAGGAGAGAGCCAGGAGCAUGGUCUGUGGAGGGCUGCGUUCACCGGGCAGUUACUCCGGAACCGUUGCCUUGACGACACGCAUUCGCGCAUGCGCGUAUGCGAUGCCACGGGUGCACCACGAUCGCGUCACGAGCACCAGUUGCGUUCACCACCCUCUCACCUCCACCACUAUUACAAUCUUUCCACCACCUCUUCUACUGGCUUCUGAAACUACCACUAUCGGCACCAUUUACCCCAUUGCUGCCUUGGACCCGUUAUUGCUUGUCAUCGCUCUGCUCGCUCGUGUUUCUUUUUGUUAUCGUUAGUGCUAUUAUUAUUAUUAUUAUUAUUAUUAUUAUUACUAUUACUAUUAUUAUUAUUGCUAUUACCACCGUUACAGCACACCACGCUAUACCACAUCAUCACUACCGGUAAUACUCUACCGCGUUAGAUCAUUUUCGAUGUUCUUAUCGCUGCUUCCGGGUCUAUCAUUUUCUCCUUAUCAUUUGCAUCCACCUUGAUUGUUUCUUCUAGUUUCAUUCUCGAUCUAUUUUUAUAUUAUCGUUCUUCUGUUAAUUGUAGAGACUGCAAAAAGAGAUCACGAUAGAUCAUUAUUUCCAAUAUUAUUAGUAUUAUUAGUUAUAUCAGAUGUAUAUCGAUAUAAUUUCGUAUUCGUUGUAAUUUCGUCGAUGUGAUAAUCGAUAAUAAUUUUUAUUAUCAAUUUUUGACACGAACAGUUCGAAAGGGUAAUUACUACUCCAUCUCGAGAUUACCCCUAGGUUUCGGUGAUUGCAUAGUACCGACCUUCGAUUCUUCCGUUUUCUCCUUCCCUAACCUCACCACCACCACCACCACCACCAUCAUCACCACCUCCAUUACCUCCAACACUACCACCUCCACCUUCACCUCCAGCUUCAUCUCCACCUCCGUUUCCUCCUCCUGCUGCUCGUUUUCCCUCUCCUACGCUGUCGCAUUCUCCACCUCUUCCUCUUCCUUCUACGCGGUUCGCGUAUCGUUACUACGAGCGCCUGGUUGUCAUGCGUCGACGGUGCUUGUGAUAAGGCUCGACCGUAUCGGACUGUUCUCGUCGAUAAUUUGCGAUCGACCCGCAAAUGUUUCGUUCCCUGUAAUUCGCCUCGUCGUAUCAUGGUGAUUUUACGUAUAUUUUCUCGAGGAUAAUUCGCAAAUAAGUUUUCGAAUUGUUCGUGCACAAGUGCGGCGUAUAACACAAUAUACUCUUCGAGUGUUGUUCGAUUCGAUUUGCAACGUCGAUGCUCUAUUUAUCAUUUCGCGUCGAGCGGCCCGAUUAUUAUCCCCACGUUCUUGAAAUCUCGACGGACGCACGGAUGUCAUGCCGCCACGACGAUAACGGCAAGAAUUUGGAAGAGGAAACGUGGCUCGAGAAGGAGUAUCGAAAAGGGGGAAGAGAUAUCGCGGCCGAUCUCGAUAUGCGAUCGAUCGAUUCGAUCGUCGAUGUAUGGUGACCGUGACUCGUGAUCGCAACUGUGAACCGAAAAUUAUUGUGUCAUUAAAACGGACAAGUUGGUCGUCGAUAGGUCGAGCCAUCGAUAAGAAUAUUAGUUAGUCGACGGGUCGCAAGUGCGUUCAAUGUUUUGCCAUCGUCGCGAAACCUGCCGCUGUACCUUAGCGUUGGAAAGAACAGCGGCAGGUCGACGACGUUUUCGUUUCUCUCGGAAAGCAUGACGCCCGAUUACGUGUUGUAAAAUUGUGGAAACUCGGAUUUCAUCCAUGUUGUAAUUCUCGAUAAUCUCGAUCGAAACCGCGAUUGAUCGUUUAAAGAAAAAUAAUAAUAAACGAGUCUCGUAUCGCGUGAAAAAGAGAGAAAAAGAAAGAGAGAGAGAGAGAGAGAGAGAGAAGAUACGGUGAAUGCACGGUGAAAAAUUUUGACGAAGAAACGUCGCAAGAAUCUUCUUCGUUUUCUUUUUUUUUUUUUUUUUUAAGAAGAACAUUUCCCCCAAAAACAUGGAAUUUUUCGGACUCGCUCGAUACGAUUACUCCUUGCUUCUGGGACGCGCCACAUUUGCUCUCUACUUUCAAAUCAAAUAAUAGAAUUAAUAUUCCUCGAUUCGAGAGUCUCUCCCCUUUCACGAGUUUCAAAGAGGAUUAAAAAAAAGAAAAAGAAAAAGAAAAAGAAAAGAAGAUAUGACACCUUGGAGAUUUUGAGAUCAACGACGAGUUGUCUGCUCCCCUCGUCGAUCGAUGGCGCAAUAGAAACGAACAGUAUCGCGAAAAAUGAUCACUCGUUUCGUUUCUCGGAACGAUCGUUCGGCUGUUCGAUUCGAAGCGAGUCGCAACGAUCGCGUAUCCCAUUCAAUGUAGAGGAGGGUGAAGUUUUGGCCGGACAAGUUCGACGAUCCACAACUGGAUCCGGUGGAAUCCGGGAGAACGGAAUUCGAAAUUCGACUCAUAAUAAUUGCGGAGCAUGCUCGUCCGGAAGGAGGAAGGGGCAACUACACUGACAGAUAUUCCGGACGAUAUUCUGGAGAAAUCGUGGAAGAACGAUAAUUUGAUAGGCCGAGGUGGGGACAGGGCCACCGUUUCGCCGAUUCUUCGUUAUCGAAAUCGGUCGGGAGACGAGGGAAAAGGAAGAUUAAGAGGAUUUUCUGCUGGGAUCCCAGGCAAGACGAAAUUCGAUAGCGAGAGUGGAUAGUCGUCGUGGGCAGGGUCGAUAAGGAAGGAGGAAGGAGGAGCGAAACGGAUAUUUAAAGAUAAAAAAAAAGAAGAAAAAAAGUAGCGCGUUGGUGUCGUUGAAUCGUGAAAGGACGCGAGUCGAGGAGGACGCGAGUCAUUUUGAAAAUUGGAUGGUUCGAAGGGGAUUGUUGGACGUGGUGAGGCCAAUCUGGGAGCAGUUAGAGGCAAAGUCAGAGACGGAAUCGUGUUCGAGGUUGGGAGCGGGGAAGAUUUCGAAGUCGGUGCAAGAGUUGGAGUCGGUGUUGGAGCUAGAGUUAGAGCCGGAGAAGCAACGUUUCUACGAUUCUCCGCCACCACGGAUGGACGUGAGCGUGUGCUGUUUGCCCGCCAGUGCCGGCUCGGGGGCCCAGCACCCUCAUCCAGCGAGUUUGCCCUCCGGCGGACAGCCGACGAUCCAGCAACCCUAUCAGUAUGCCGAUCAGAUAGUGCCGGAUCGGGGUCAACCCGACGGAUUGCCGGUACUCGGUUGUACCGGCCAGGACAACUGGCAGCAGAUAUCCUCCGCUUCGAACGUGGUCGGCGCUGUUACCGCCGCAGCGACCGCCACCACCACCUACAUCGAUUACUCCUGGUUGCAGAUGCAGCAGACCUCGGACCUGGACACGUUGCUGUGUAGACAGGACCUCGACCGGCUGCAGAAACUCGACGAGGAUGACCCGGAGAAAGAGUCGAGGGAGUCCUCGGUCCAGAUGGAGGACUUUUUCGAGGUUGGGGGGCCGGUGUGCCGGCCGCAGGCGAGUUUCGUCUCGUCGAGGAGUCAACCCGCGGCCAACGACGACGACGUGUUCCUCAGGCCGCCGCUCUGGGAGGACAUUACCUCGAGCAUACAAAAGCUCGACCCGGAGAACGCGGACAUGCUGGGCUCCCAGUCUCACGUGAAAAUGGAGACCGACGACGUCGCCUCCCCCGUAUUGUCGCCCGUCGAGAUCAAAACCGAGCCGUUGCCUCCACCACCGACCUUGCACCUCCUCGAAGGCCCGGCCUCCAACUCGACCUACGCGAACGGCCCUCACUCGAACCCCUCGACCGGCCCUCAACAAGUCGUUCACCAUCGGCCACCACCGCCCCCCACCGCCGCCUUCAAGACGUUCCCCUCCGCCAAUAAUAAUAACAACAACAACAACAACAAUAACAACAACAAUAACAACAACAACAACAACAGCGGUGGUACAAAUGGCAAACACGACAACAACAAUAGCAACGGUAGCAGCGUCAACAAUAACGCCAGUAACAACAACAACAAUAGCAACAAUAGCGGCGGUAACGGCAACAGCAAUAACAAUAGCAACGACUCGACGACCGGCCACCACGGGGGUGGUAAUCAGAUCGGUGGUAGCGCGACGUCGCCUCUGUACGGCUCGAUGACUAGGUUAAUGUACAUUUCCCCGCUGACGCCGCCGAUUUCCGACCCCGGCUCGCCGAUAGGGGCGCCACCGAGGCGGACACCGCCUCCACCCUAUCCCCAGCCGUCCAUUAUGAAUCCUCCUCACAGGAUUCAACCUCCCGCCAUCACAACCAAAUUCAACAGGCGGAACAAUCCAGAGCUGGAGAAGAGGCGCGUUCAUCACUGUGAUUUCAUAGGUUGUACAAAGGUCUACACGAAGAGUUCACAUUUAAAGGCGCAUCAGCGGAUACACACAGGUGAAAAACCGUACCAGUGUCAGUGGCCAGAAUGCGAAUGGCGAUUCGCCAGAAGCGACGAAUUAACUCGUCACUAUCGAAAGCAUACUGGCGCGAAACCCUUCAAGUGUGCCGUGUGCGAGCGUUCCUUCGCCAGGAGCGAUCACCUCGCCCUUCACAUGAAACGGCAUCUUCCGAAGCAGCACGCCAAGUGACCGUACCGCUCCUCCGAGACUCCGUCUCCGUCUUCGUCUUCGUCGAGUGACUCCUCGAACGCGCGCCCUCCUGACCACGCCGAUCUCCUUCAGCCUUUUUCAACCGUACCAACAAGAAACUCACAAACUUCGUUCAUUUAUUGAUUAACAUUCGAGUAUUAAUUUCGAGAUCAUGCUUCAUUUAUUUUUUUUUAUUCUAUUGAAUUUCUCCGCACAGCGAAUUAUCGUUGAUGCCAACGGGGAAAAUGAUCAGAAGAUCGAUAGCGAGUUAUAUAAUAAAACGUAAUUCUCUAAUGACUUAAAUAUGUUCAUUAGAAAUAGCAGUGGCUGGACCACUACCACUUUUCUGCUCUAUAUCUCUUCUAUAUCUCGCCGUUUUGAAUAAAUAAAUAUAAAUGUAAAUUGCAUUCAGCGUUCGAAUCUUGAUUUCUUUUAAAUUUCAGGACUACGUUCGAAAAAAAUUUCGCAAAAUUUAACACGUAGACAUAUUUGUCAAUAUUUUUAGAAAUAUUUCCGUUUCGAUUUUAAUUCCGUUGCUUGAAAAACAACGCUUUUCCACGAUUCUGAUCGCGUUAAUUGUCGUAUAAAAAAAUUAAUAGAACGUGUUCAAUCGGCGAAAAAUUGUGACGAAAGCGUAAUCAUUUUGAGGAUAUACGAGUAGUUUUAAGGAAUUACCAUAUUGUCGACGAUAAACGUUAAAAUUCCUAUUUCACUUGCGCGAAGAAAACGAAGCGAAAAAGGCUAAAUCUUUUGCGAGUACGGAAGCUGGUACGCACAUAAUGGCAUCUAGGUAUUUUGUGCUAAGUUAACCAGAAUAGCGAGGGAUCCUGAUACAAGAGAACACGAGUGUCGAAAAAAAAAUUUACACACGAUCAUUCCCGUUAAUUUAUUUGUCUAUGUAUAUAAAUACAAUACGUCUGUAACAAGUGUUAAGAAACUAUUUGUUCGUGAUUUAUCUAUCGCAAUUUUCUGUCGCUCGUAUUCUUUUGCAUUUGAAUCCCCAUUGAAUCCCCGUUCCGCAACUAGAGGAGUUAGUCUAGAUUCUUUCGAACGAUCGUUAAAUGCAUAAACUAUCGAUGCGAUCUACGUGAAAAGAAUCGAUUUAUUAUAGUGAUGCCUUAUGUACAAAUUUAUUUAGGUACGUAACGUGUAUGUAUACGUAUACGUAUGUAUGUAUGUGUAUAAUUAUACACGGAUAUGCAUAUAUAUAAAUAUACGUACAAAUCGUGGAGAAAAUAUCACGCCGCGUCCUUUGUGGCUGAAAGAUCUAUGCACUUAUGUGUGUGUAUACGUGUAAAAAAAUGCGAUGCAUAUCCAAUACUUAUGUAGUUAGUGUAAUAUUAAUCUGUAUAGUAUGCGAUUUAAAUAUUCGAACCGAUAAUAUUCGCGUUCGCCGGUUUCCACGAUUUUAUCGAUUAUCUUGUUUAUUAUUCGCAAAAAUGGUGCGCGUAAUUACACGUAGAUACGAUAGAUGACAGAACGACUUACUUAUUAGUCGUUUCGGUUAAAAACGAGAGAAAAAAAAAAUGAAAAAAAAAAAAAAAAGAUUUUCGCGAAGCAAUCUUUCCUGUUACGUUUCGUCGCGUUUCUCUCUGUUCUCUCCGUGUCUCUAUUUUUCUUAUUUGACAUCUCGAUCAUUAAAUGCGAGAGAUUAAUAUUUUCGCUUCUUUCUCCAUAUCACAAAACCAAAAAUGUAAUGAUUAUUUCAUGAAAAUACCCGUUAUUCUAUUUGUUCGUUUUAUUAUCGUUUUUUAUCACAAGGAUAGUUAAAAACGAAUUUAAUUUAGUUUCAUUUUAAAAUGUUACGUUUCGAUUAUGUCUUUUAAUUAGAUUUUUGUUCAAUAAUCUUUUCGUCUUCUAAUAUUCGAAAGUAGACAAUCUAUGAACAUAAAAAUUUUACGAUGUUUAAUUCACAAACAUAUAUUACGAAUUCACGAAUCUAUGCUAUCAACAUCAACUGUGCUAUUAUUCUUUGAGAUAAAGAUUAAACCUGCUUCGCGAUUUUUUUAUUUAACCCGCAUUACCUCAUUUUUUCGGCACUUUUCUUCCAUGCCCGAUAUACAAUUACACAAUUCAUUCACUAGGCCAACAAUUUUAACACAGAUAUACCUCAUUUACCGAAAUAGAAAAAUUCAAAGCGGUUGUGACGAAAUUUUAUGCAUUCUCCUACACGAUUUCCUAGAAUUUUGUUUAUAAUGUUUGUAAAUCGCUGUAAUUUGUGUGUUGUGUAAUUUAAAUAUAUAUAUCACGAUAUAUGCGUAUUAUAUAUUCGCAAAUAAUGUGUUUGGUUUUCCUAUUUAGAAAUAAUCCACACAUAUUAAAUAGUAAAUGAUGAUAAACUUCGCAUUUAGUAUGUUACAAUUAAAAAAUAUAUCACGAAUGACUCGUAAAGUAACAGGCAUUGACGUAAAAAAUUGUUUUGCCAUUACAUAUUAAUCAUCGAUAUAAGUACCUACUUGCAAAAUAUACAUAAAUUCAUUUCUUCUAUUUGCAUGGAAUUUAUAAUUACAAUAUGAUGAUAUGUUUUUCUACAGAUAAUGAAUGAUGGGAGUUAGAAACAAUUUAACGAAACAUAAAACAUUUACAUUAAAUUUUACUGUAUAAUAAAUCUAAAUUUACGUAAAUGCACAUAUUACGUUAUAUGUAUCAUUGAAAAUAGUUAAAUAUUCC